AUGACGGAUGUCUCCUCGCCAUUACCAAGCACGAACGGCAAACACCCAAAUCCCUCCACCCAUCCACCUUCCUACGAUCUCGGCAACCUCCUGGUCACCGACCCAUCACCCAUGCUCUCCUCAGAACUAAGCGAACCCCACUUGCACUCCCGCGCCCAAUACUGCGCCCAAUCACUGAUCUCACAACUCCUCACAACCUGCCCCAUCCAUGUCUCCUCAGCUGCCGAAAGGACCGUUCUCAUGACCCUCCCACCACCAACAACGCCCAUUCCCCGAGAAAAGCCGCUACCGAAACCAAAGGAAAAGACGACAUGGGAGCGAUUCGCCGAGAAGAAGGGGAUCAAGAAGGAUGGGAGAAGAGAUAAUGAGGGAAAUAAGGUGUAUGAUGAGGAAAAGGGCGAGUGGGUGCCGAAGUGGGGCUAUAAGGGGAAGAAUAAGGGGACGGAAGGGGAUUGGAUUGUGGAGGUUGACGAGAAGAAGGAGGCGGACCUGGGGCGAGAGGGGAAGACUGUGAGGGGAGAGGGGAGGAGAGAGAGGAAAGAGAAGGCGAAGAGGCAGGACAGGAAGGAGAGGGCGAACGAGAAGAAGGGUAGGAGAGGUAAUGCUGGAUGA